AACUUUCCCUCACAAAAGCUCGCCCAGUGCUGGCUCCCCCAGGGCUGGGCCACACCUGCUGUGGGGUCCCAGUUCCAGCCCCAGAUCAUGGGCCACCAUCCUGUAGCUUCUAGUGCCUCUUGGACAGUGGGUGGUGUCCCCAGUCCUGUGUGGAGCUGGGCCCUGCGCACAGAGCUGGCAUCCCUCUCUGUCUUGCCCAGAGAUAGGGACUGCACACAGAUGGUGAGGGGGUUAAAGAGACUGGGAGCUGCUGCGUGUUGCCCGUCAAAGGAUGGAGUGCAGACACGAAAAGCUGUUCCGGCCCUUACCAGGAAAUGCCACACAUCGUGUGGUGCACAGACAUCUCAGGCAAUCUUGGUUGCGUCGGGACCCCACUUGGGAAUGGGAGGCCCAGGGGUCUUUGGGCCCCACUUUUUAUUGACCUCAAGUAGAAAAAGUGAUGAGCCUCGUGGGACAGGACCCAGCAGCUGGGGGCAGGUUGCCUGGAGGGGGUUUCCUGCCACCCUGGUCUCAGGCUUCUGCUGAAGGGCAAGGCCAAGGGCGCAGGGCCCGGGAUGAGGACGUGGGGGCCCUCCCCAGAGGACUCCGUCCCAAGGCUGCAGAGGUAGAAGGGUUACCUUCCCGGUUCUGGGUUCUGCAUCCCUCCAGGGCCCUCCACCCUCGAGGGCUGUUCCUGUGACUAGGUGACUCUCCCCACCUCUUCUGUAAAGGAGUUUUCUUUAUUUUUGAGACACAGUCUCGCUUUGUCACGCAAUCUCAGCUUGCUGCAACCUCUGUCUGCUGAGUAGCUGGGAUUAUGGCCGUGCCAUCACACCUGGCUAAUUUUGUAUUUUUAGUAGAGAUGGGGUUUCACCACGUUGGCCAAGCUGGUCUCGAACUCCUGACGUCAAGUGAUCCACCUGCCUCGGCCUCCCAAAGUGUUGGGAUUACAGGCGUGAGCCACUGUGCCCGGCUCUGUGUUCUAAAUAAAUGGCGCAGCCUGGUGCUCAGCCCUGCAUCUGCGCUCGUUGAACGUGUAUGGGAUGAAUGAACGAACACAGGACACGGAUCAGACACGACUUACACACCGGCCGUUACCUGUGGUCCUUCCUCCUGCUCUCUGCCACGCUGGCCCCACCAGCCUCAGCCCCGUCAGGUCUGCAAGGCCCAUUCCAGCCUGACCAAGCCCGGCCCGGCCGUGCCCUGACACCCUCUUCCCUUUCAGGCUCCGCCCCUGCACUGGCACUGCUCCCUAAGGCCCUCCCAAGGCCCUGCCUUCUGUCCUAACCUGAACGCCCUCCUACCCUGACCCUGCUCUGCGCGGCCCCGCCUUCCUGCUUUGUCACGCCCCCGAUCCUAGCCCUGCCCCUACCUUGAGCCUGCUUUGCAAGGCCAGGCUCAACCCCGCCUCCCUCUUUGGCCACGCCCCUGGAUCCUGGCCCCGCCGCUACCUAAACCCUGCUUUGCGCGGCCCCGCCUCCCCCUUUGGCCAAGCCCCGGGUACUGGCCCCGCCCCUACUCUGACUCUGCUCAGCGACAUCCCCGUUCGGCCCCGCCUUCCUCCUUUGUAACAGCUCCGGAUCGCAGCCCCCGCCCCUACCAUAACACUGCUCCGCAAGGCCGCGCUCAACCCCGCCUCCCGCUUUGGCCAAGCCCCUGGGUCCUGGCCCCGCCCCUACUCUGACUCUGCUCAGCGAGACCACCCUUGGCCUCGCCUUCCUUCUAGCCCCUUCCCUAAAGUCCCGGCCCCUCCCCAGACCCAGGCAGCGCUCCCGAGUGUCUUCUAUCCUGGCCUUUUCUGCGAGGCUCUGCUCGGCCCGCCCUUCUGCCAUGACCAUGUCCCUGAGGCCUGGCCCGGAUCCUGCUCGGCCGUGCUCCGCUCGACCCCACCCUCGAGGCCCCGCCCCUUCGCCUUGGCCCCACCCACCCCUCCAGGCCCCGCCCUCGGCCCCUUUCUGGGCUCCGAACUGGCUCCACCUUCGCCUUGGCCGGGCCCCGAGGCCCCGCCCCGAGACCCCGUCACCCGUUUCAGGACCGUUGGCACCGGGCUAACGGUUCCACCACGUCCGCCGCCCUGGACGCCCGCGGCCUGCCCCUCCCUGCCUGUCCUGCGCAGACUCCCAGGAGCACCAGAGCUGGCCCUGAGCCAAGCCCUGCCCCACCAGGACCUGGCGACACGGGUGACUCAGACGUGACUCAGGAAGUCUCAGGUCCUGCUGGCAUCCGCGAAGCCCAACCAGCAUGGGCAGCCUCGGCCAGAGAGAAGAUCUCCAAGAUGAGGACAGGAACUCAGCGACGCCCGGCUGUCUCGCUGCAGCAUUCACUUGGGAGGUCCAGGCCAACAACCGCGCCUACAACGCACAGUUCAAGGAGAAGGUGUUCCUGUGCUGGCGGAGGAAGAAGUACAAGACCAACGUCGUCCGCACGGCCAAGUACAGCUUCUUCUCAUUCUUGCCGCUGAACCUGUACGAGCAGUUCCACCGAGUGUCCAACCUGUACUUCCUCCUCAUCAUCAUCCUGCAGAGCAUUCCCGACAUCUCCACGCUGCCCUGGUUCUCGCUCGGUGCCCCCAUGGUCUGCCUCCUCUUCAUCCGUGCCGCCCGGGACCUGGUGGACGACAUCAGCUCGGGGCUCGGGCGAUGGGGAGGACAAGGAAAGUCUGAAGAGGAUGUGGGUGCAGGACCCUGGAGAUCACCGGGUGGGAGCGUGGACCCUCGGGGAGUAGGCUUCAAGUGGAAGAAAUGGCAGGAUCUGUGCGUGGGGGAUGUGGUCUGUCUCCGCAAAGACAACAUCGUCCCAGCCGACGUGCUCUUGCUGGCCAGCACGGAGCCCAGCAGCCUGUGCUAUGUGGAGACGGUGGACAUUGACGGGGAGACCAACUUGAAGUUCAGACAGGCCCUGAUGGUCACCCACAAAGAACUGACCACUACAAAGAAGAUGGCGUCCUUUCAAGGCACAGUGAUGUGUGAGGCACCCAACAGUCGGAUGCACCACUUCGUGGGGUGCCUGGAAUGGAAUGACAAGAAAUACUCCCUGGACAUUGGCAACCUCCUCCUCCGAGGCUGCAGGAUUCGCAACACAGACACCUGCUAUGGACUGGUCAUUUAUGCUGGUUUUGACACAAAAAUUAUGAAGAACUGUGGCAAGAUCCAUUUGAAGAGAACCAAGCUGGACCUCCUGAUGAACAAGUUGGUGGUUGUGAUCCUCAUCUCCGUGGUGCUUGUCUGCCUGGUGUUGGCCUUCAGCUUCGGUUUCUCGGUCAAAGAAUUCAAAGACCACCACUACUACCUCUCGGGGCUGCAUGGGAGCAGCGUGGCCGCAGAGUCCUUCUUCACCUUCUGGGGCUUCCUCAUCCUGCUCAGUGUCACCGUCCCGAUGUCCAUGUUCAUCCUGUCUGAGUUCAUCUACCUGGGGAACAGCAUCUUCAUCGACUGGGACGUGCAGAUGUACUACAAGCCGCAGGACGUGCCCGCCAAGGCCCGCAGCACCAGCCUCAACGACCACCUGGGCCAGGUGGAAUACAUCUUCUCGGACAAGACGGGCACGCUCACGCAGAACAUCUUGACCUUCAACAAGUGCUGCAUCAACGGCCGUGUCUACGGGCCGGAUUCAGAGGCCACGACCCGACCUAAGGAGAACCCCUACCUCUGGAACAAGUUCGCCGACGGGAAGCUGCUCUUCCACAACGCGGCCCUGCUGCACCUCGUGCGAAGCAACAGGGACGAGGCCGUGCGGGAGUUCUGGCGCCUGCUGGCCAUCUGCCACACGGUGAUGGUGCGGGAGAGCCACCACCAGCUGUUGUACCAGGCGGCCUGCCCCGACGAGGAGGCGCUGGUCACCGCGGCCCGGAACUUCGGCUACGUGUUCCUGUCCCGCACCCAGGACACCAUCACGAUCGUGGAGCUGGGGGAGGAGCGGGUCUACCAGGUCCUGGCCAUAAUGGACUUCAACAGCAUGCGCAAACGGAUGUCGGUGCUGGUCCGAAAGCCAGAGGGCACCAUCUGCCUGUACACCAAGGGCGCCGACACGGUCAUCUUUGAACGCUUGCACAGGAGAGGGGCAACGGAAUUUGCCACAGAGGAGGCCUUGGCUGCCUUUGCCCAGGAGACCCUGCGGACACUGUGCCUGGCCUACAGGGAGGUGGCUGAGGACAUUUACGAGGAUUGGCAGCAGCGCCACCAGGAGGCCAGCCUCCUGCUGCAGAACCGGGCGCAGGCCCUGCAACAGGUGUACAACAAGAUGGAGCAGAACCUCAAGCUGCUGGGAGCCACAGCCAUUGAGGACAGACUCCAGGACGGCGUCCCUGAAACCAUCAAAUGUCUCAAGAAGAGCAACAUCAAAAUAUGGGUGCUCACCGGGGACAAGCAGGAGACGGCUGUGAACGUCGGCUUCGCCUGCGAGCUGCUGUCAGAGAAUAUGCUCAUUCUGGAGGAGAAGGAGAUUAGCCGCAUCCUGGAGACCUACAGGGAAAACAGUAACAACCUUCUAACCAAGAAGUCCCUGUCGCAGGUCAAGCUGGCAUUGGUCAUUAACGGAGAUUUCCUGGACAAGCUGCUGGUGUCCCUGCGGAAGGAGCCGCGCGCCCUGGUGCAGAACGUGAACAUGGACGAGGCGUGGCAGGAGCCCGGCCAGUCCAGGAGGGAUUUCCUCUACGCCAGGCGCCUGUCCCUGCUGCGCCGGAGGUUUGGGCUCCCGCUGGCCGCGCCGCUGGCCCAGGACUCCGGAGCCCGCCGUAGCUCCGAGGUGCUGCAGGAGCGCGCCUUCGUGGACCUGGCGUCCAAGUGCCAGGCGGUCAUCUGCUGCCGCGUGACACCCAAGCAGAAGGCCCUGAUCGUGGCCCUGGUCAAGAAGUACCACCAGGUGGUGACCCUAGCCAUCGGGGACGGCGCCAACGACAUCAACAUGAUCAAGACCGCGGACGUGGGCGUGGGGCUGGCGGGCCAGGAGGGCAUGCAGGCAGUUCAGAACAGCGACUUCGUGCUGGGCCAGUUCUGCUUCCUGCAGCGCCUCCUGCUGGUGCAUGGCCGCUGGUCCUACGUACGGAUCUGCAAGUUCCUGCGCUACUCCUUCUACAAGACCAUGGCCAGCAUGAUGGUGCAGGUCUGGUUCGCGUGCUACAACGGCUUCACCGGCCAGCCCCUGUACGAAGGAUGGUUCCUGGCUCUUUUCAACCUCCUGUACAGCACCCUGCCAGUUCUCUACAUUGGGCUCUUUGAGCAGGACGUGAGCGCAGAGCAGAGCCUGGAGAAGCCGGAGCUGUAUGUGGCAGGGCAGAAGGACGAGCUCUUCAACUACUGGGUCUUUGUCCAAGCCAUUGCCCAUGGCGUGACCACCUCUCUGGUCAACUUCUUCAUGACGCUGUGGAUCAGCCGCGACACGGCGGGACCCGCCAGCUUCAGCGACCACCAGUCCUUUGCGGUCGUGGUGGCCCUGUCCUGCCUGCUGUCCAUCACCAUGGAGGUCAUUCUUAUCAUCAAGUACUGGACCGCCCUGUGCGUGGCGACCAUCCUCCUCAGCCUUGGUUUCUACGCUGUCAUGACUACCACCACCCAGAGCUUCUGGCUCUUCAGAGUAUCCCCCAAGACCUUCCCGUUUCUGUACGCCGACCUCAGCGUGCUGUCCUCUCCCUCCAUCCUGCUGGUGGUCCUGCUGAGCGUGUCCAUAAACACCGUCCCUGUCCUGGCCCUCCGAGUCAUCUUCCCAGCCUUGAAGGAGCUACGCGCCAAGGAGGAGAAGGUGGAGGAGGGCCCCAGUGAGGACAUUUUCACCGUGGAGCCCCUGCCUCAUGUAUACUGGGAGUCUUGUGCCCGGCGUUCCAGCUAUGCUUUCUCCCACCAUGAGGGAUACGCAGACCUCAUCACUCAGGGCACAAUUCUGCGGAGGGGACCAGGGGUCAGCAGUGACAUAGCAUCUGAAUCCCUAGACUUAUCUGAUGAAGAGGCAUCUUCGAGCCCAAAGGAGUCACACUGGCACCUCAGGAAGAAGUCCUUCCUAGGGAAGAAGAAGUGCCAGCCACAGGGGCUGGUGUCCUCCCAGGAAGUACAGCACCUCCCUACACCUAGCUCAUCAUUUUCUAUGGAUAGACAAUCCGCUCUUCAUUCAGAAAACCAACGUGCCCUCCCCAAAUAUGUGCUCACCAGCACCAACAGGCUAUCUGGAUCUUUCCAAGAGCAAUUGCCAAGGGUACAGGAGAGGCCACUGUCACCCAAGCAGAGGCCACCUUCUCCUGAGAAGUUGCUGUUGACCAAGGAGAGGUCACAAUCUCUUCAGGAGAAACCACCGUUGCACAGAGAAAGCCAGCCGUCAUCAUCUGAGAGCCAGUCACAGCCUCUGGGGAGCCAGCCAUUGCUUUCAGGCCAGCUGACGUUGGAGAGCCAGCCAGACUCCUCAGAGGAGAAGUCAGCAUUUUUGAAGCCUUCCACACCGUUCUGGAAGAGCUGGCAAAAGGAGCCCCACACCCCCAAGGAGGGGACGGUGCCACUUCCAGACAAGACCCACAAAUCUCAGGUGGAGACUCGGCCACCAAGUCUGGAAGAAUCGUCCACGUCCACGAGCGAGCAGCCUAUGGAGGUGGAGCCCUGGCCCGCAGAGAAGCAGUCAUCAUCAUCCAUGGAGUGGCUGCUGGUGCCCGGGGAGGAGCAGCCAUCCUUGCCCCCAGAGGAGCAGUCAUUGCCGUCUGCGGAGGGGACCAGGGGUCAGCAGUGACACAGCGUCUGAAUCCCUAGACCCAUCUGAUGAAGAGGCAUCUUCGAGCCCAGAGGAGUCACAUUGGCACCUCAGGAAGAAGUCCUUCCUGGGGAAGAAGCAGCACCAGCCAGAUCUGCUGCAAGUCAACUAGCAUGCAGGGGACCUUCCUCUAAAGACAAGGUCUCUCAUGCUUUUCUUUUUCUAAUAAACCAGGGUCCAUCUGACCCCAGCGCUGAUUCAGGCUCACUCUUUCCCCACACUUUUUUUGUGAUGGAAUAUUGCUUCCUGGUUUUUAAAAUCAAAGCACUGACCUCUCGUGGUCCAGCUGGGUAUUUGCAGGGAAAACUUUUCUUCAUACUGGGGUAAGAUAAUGUGGGUAAAGCUUCAUUGCUCUCAAAAGUUGCUUAUUAAAAGCUGUGGCUCCCCCACUGCCUGACAGCUGGCCCCUCCCAAGAAAGUUUAUAAAUUCCCGUUCUGGUACCA